AUGGAAAACAUACAAAUGUUUAAUGUGGGAAUAGCCUGGCUUUUGGAGCUCUGCGAGCGCGGCGAGGCGGUGGGCUGGCGCCGAGCCCAGCUCGGGGGUCCCCCGCUGCAGCACCCCGGGAGCCCCGCCGGGGCCGCGGGCCGGGGGAGGCACCGGGCGGGCUCCCCGCAGCUCCCCGCGCCGCCGCCCCGCUCCCAAGGCUUUAAUUAUUUACAGGAGCGCCGUGCCUUGCGGGGAAAUCGCGAGGCAGCUCGGGGCCGAGGGGACGGGGACCUUCCCUCGGUGCGUGUCCCCCUCGGGUUGCGCUGUCCCGCUCUGGCCGAGCGCCGCGAUGCCCGGAGCCGCUACCGGAGCCGCUACCCGGGGCUCUCCCGCAGCUCCGCCGGGCUGUGGUCACCCGGCCGGCCCGGGGCUGCACCGCCGCUCGCCUCGGGGACAAAAGUGAUUGCGACAGAGGGAAGUUUUGCUCCGCGAUUGGAGUCAGUUUAUAUUGUUCUCGCCGCACGAUGGGACCUGUCCGGCCGCCAGCUCCCCGCGGCCCCGGCUGCGCGCCCGCGCUCCUCCGCGGGGACGGCUGCCCCUCCGCCUGCGCGGCUCCGGGACCCCCCAAGCCYCUUCCCGGGGCCCCGGGGGACAGAGACACGGCGGCCCCGCCGCAUCCCGGGCCGCGGCCCCGCAUCCCGCGGGGAUCGGGAGGGCAGCGCCCGCGCCGCGCCCUCGGGCCGCCGGGAGCCGGGCAGCGCCCGCGGGGAGUUUUUUCCGAGGAAAAGCUCCCGUUGGGCCCACGGCUACCAGGGCUGGCUCUCGGGCACGGCGAAAAUUUACGCCGAGCCAAACAAUGAAAAAACUAACAAUGGGAUUCAUUAUAAACUUCAGUUAUUGUAUAGCAAUGGAGUUAGGACAGAGCAGGACCUGUACGUUCGGCUAAUAGACUCCAUGACCAAACAGGCCAUCGUGUACGAAGGGCAAGACAAGAACCCCGAGAUGUGCCGGGUGCUCCUGACACACGAGAUCAUGUGCAGCCGGUGCUGUGACAAGAAAAGUUGUGGCAACAGAAACGAAACCCCCUCAGACCCCGUUAUCAUUGACAGAUUCUUUCUAAAGUUUUUCCUCAAGUGCAAUCAGAACUGUUUGAAGAAUGCAGGCAACCCACGAGACAUGCGAAGAUUCCAGGUUGUUGUAUCAACAACAGUCAAUGUGGAUGGCCACGUGCUGGCUGUCUCAGACAACAUGUUUGUACACAACAAUUCCAAACACGGGAGGCGGGCUCGCCGCCUUGACCCCUCAGAAGCUACUCCGUGCAUAAAGGCCAUCAGUCCUAGUGAAGGCUGGACUACUGGUGGGGCCACUGUCAUCAUAAUCGGAGACAACUUCUUUGAUGGCUUGCAAGUCGUAUUUGGAACGAUGUUGGUCUGGAGUGAGCUGAUAACACCCCACGCCAUCAGAGUUCAAACACCACCACGGCACAUUCCAGGAGUUGUUGAAGUAACUCUUUCCUACAAAUCCAAACAGUUCUGCAAAGGUGCUCCCGGCCGAUUUGUCUACACUGCGCUUAACGAACCCACCAUAGAUUACGGCUUCCAGAGGUUGCAGAAAGUUAUCCCACGACAUCCAGGUGAUCCUGAAAGGUUACCAAAGGAAGUAUUGCUUAAGAGAGCAGCAGACCUUGUUGAAGCUCUAUAUGGGAUGCCCCAUAACAACCAGGAAAUAAUCCUGAAACGAGCAGCUGACAUUGCUGAGGCGUUGUACAGCGUGCCCCGCAACCACAACCAGAUCCCCACUCUAGCCAACACUCCCGCCCACACCGGCAUGAUGGGGGUCAACUCCUUCAGCAGCCAGCUCGCCGUCAACGUCUCCGAAACAUCGCAAGCCAACGACCAAGUAGGUUACAGUCGCAACACAAGCAGUGUUUCCCCGCGAGGAUAUGUUCCCAGCAGUACUCCUCAGCAGUCCAAUUACAACACAGUCAGCAAUAGCAUGAAUGGAUAUGGCAAUGCCGGCAUGCCCAAUCUAGGUGUACCAGGUUCCCCUGGAUUUCUUAAUGGCUCCUCAGCUAACUCUCCUUAUGGCAUGAAACAAAAGAGCGCCUUCGCUCCUGUUGUCAGGCCCCAAGCCUCUCCUCCACCAUCUUGCACCAGUGCAAAUGGAAAUGGACUUCAAGCCAUGUCCGGGCUUGUAGUCCCGCCAAUGUAAAGUCACUUUUGUUUACCUACCGUAGCACCAAGCUGCAGAGGAUGGGCUUAGGGGACAAGUUUAGUAUAUUAAGACAUGCUGAUGGAAGCAGUAUCUUCGUGCAGAAUCAGC